AUGACACCAGUUAGCCCGAGCAGUACUAAAAACUUCUCGAUUUGGCUCGAAUCUGGGCGGACCCUCCAAUUUUUUUUUUUUUCUUGUUCAGCGCGUUUUUCGAUAGUUCAGAUCCACCUUUUAUUUACCAAAAAAAAUGAGUUUUGCUAUACCCAUAAUAAAGCUUUUAUCAGUUACACCACUUUUUAUUACCAAGAGGUAAGUCCAACUCAGAUGCUGAAGCGUGUGUGUAGACCAGGCGUCUUGCAAAGCUCAAUCCUUUCGAGGUGUGCAACGCGUUCUACUGCCUAUACUGGGAGGUUAAUUCAACCUUCGUUCCAGACUCUAAGACUGCUUCAUGGUAGUAGACAACUUCAGCAAGAGGCAAAAUACUCUCCUAAAUCUGGUUUCUUUGCUGAAAGAAUAGGAAAGCUCAUAAGAUGGUCUAUACUGACCACUGGUGUUGUCGUUUCAUCUCUUGGCGCCUCUUUGAUUCUGUUUUUUUUGUACGAUGCAACGACUUACAAGGAAGGAGAAGUGCCAGACUUCAUAAAUGUACCAAAGAAGGCCUUGGCACCUGAGCUUGGAGGGCCCGAGAACUUGCCCGUUUUAUGGGACAACUUAGACGCUUACGAUUCUGAAGCUAAGGAGAAGCUAUCUUAUAGACCCAAGCUUGUAGUGCUGGGUUCUGGAUGGGCCUCCGUUGGUGUUUUGAAGUCUCUAGCGCCAGGUGAAUUUGACGUCACUGUAGUGUCGCCACAGAACUACUUCCUUUUUACCCCACUUCUUCCGUCUGCUGCGACUGGUACUCUCGAGGUAAAGUCAUUGAUGGCCUCGAUUAGAAAGCUUGUCAAUGAUGUUAGCGGCCACUACCUGGAAGCCAAAGCUGAAAAGGUGGAAUUUGCUCACAAUUUGGUAAAGGUCUCGCAGGUAAAUCCCCAAAGUGGGGAAAAGAGGUUUUUUUAUUUACCUUAUGAUAAAUUGGUUGUUGCCGUAGGAUCUACUGCGAAUACACACGGUGUGGAAGGCUUAGAAAACUGCUCUCGAUUAAAAACUGCCGAGGAUGCAAUCAGUCUUAGAAGAAAGAUCAAAGACAAUUUGGAAGUCGCAUGUCUACCCACGACUACAGACGAGGAAAGAAAGAAGCUGCUAAGUUUUGUUGUUUGCGGUGGUGGCCCAACUGGUGUGGAGUUUGCUGCAGAAGUUUUCGACUUGAUGAACGAAGAUCUACCAAAAACCUAUCCGAAGAUUUUGAGACAGCAAGUCUCUGUGCAUAUAAUCCAGUCGCGCUCUAACAUCCUAAAUACCUACGACGAAACUAUCUCGGAGUAUGCCAUGCAAAGAUUCAAGAAAGAUGAUAUUGACGUUUUGACAAACUCAAGAGUCCAUAAAAUCCUGCCUGACAGAGUUAUUUUCACGCAAAAGAACUCUGAAACCGGCGAAAACGAGCUCAAGGAGCUUCCUUUCGGUCUAUGCUUGUGGUCUACCGGUGUUGCUCAAAAUCCUUUGGCCAAGCAAGUCGUUCAAGAUUUAGCAGCCUUUCAAAGAAAUAGAAGAGCUAUCGAAACAGACUCUCACCUAAGGGUACUGGGUGCGCCCCUUGGCCAGGUUUAUGCUAUUGGAGAUUGUGCUACCGUAAGAACUGAUCUUGCGGAACACGCGGUGGAGUUUGUGAGACAGUUUAUUGUUAACAAGCACUUGCAACCUACCAGAAGCAACGAAAUUAUCACAGACGAUGACAUCAAGCACUUGUCCAUCUCAUACGAUGAAAUACAGGACCUGGCUAGAGAGCUUGUUAAAAGACACCCACAAACUAGAGAGCAUUUGUACAACGUUGAGGACAUUUUGCCCAAAUACGACAAGACCAACUCCGGGACAUUAGAUUUUAACCAAAUUACUCAACUUUUGAGAGAAGUUGAGAGCAAAGCCACUUCCAUGCCUGCCACAGCUCAAAGGGCUCAUCAACAAGGCAAAUAUAUUGGGAAAAAACUCACCAAGGUUGCCAGAAGCUCAGAAACUGCCAAAGUUAAUGAGAGUGCUCAACUUAUCUCUGAUGAAUCCGUUUACAAAGCCUUCAAGUAUGUCCACUUGGGAUCUUUGGCUUACAUCGGGAAUUCGGCAGUAUUCGAUAUUCCAGGUUAUUCUUUUGUGGGUGGCUUGGUCGCUAUGUACCUAUGGAGAGGUAUCUACUUCGCUCAAACAGUUUCCCUGAGAACAAGAGUGCUGUUGUUCAUGGACUGGCUGAAGAGAGGUUUCUUUGGCAGAGAUAUUCUGACAGUUUAA